AUGGAGAUCACACGACACCAACUCUCACUGCAUGAACUUGCCGAGGUUCUAGAAUCGGCGCUUCCAAAGAACUAUGUCACAUCCUCUACUACGGUUGUCGAUUGCCCUAACUUGCCACAAUCACCUUUUAGCUUGGCGUGCGAGGGUCUCAGCGGAUGCCAGGUCAUCGCAGACAUUGGUGUCCAGCCGAGCCUCUUUCCUCAGCCACGCCUCGACGAACAGUACUCUCUCAUUGUCUGUGUUAGGUUAAUGGGCUUGGAUCCCGAGCAAGGAGCCGUUGUAGGAGCCGGAGCAGGACCAAUCCAUGUUCACGGGACGAACUCAGAGAUUGCCCCAAACCUGAGCUGGCAAGGAGGAUUCGGAAACGUAGACAAUCUAACUCGCGCGGCCAGACUGGUGACCACCUUAGCAGGGAGCAGAACCAGAAUAUGCUGCCCGUACUCCGAUAGCACGGAAUGCCUCCUAAUGAUGAGCCUCUAUGGCUCCAUGGGAUUACCCGGACCAGUUUUGAAAGUGACUGCUCGAGGUCAACGAGGCGAGAGUAACAGUUUCACCGAAUUCAUGCGGUCUGCGCUCCAAGAUAUUUAUGCCCAGACACAAUUCCACGUUAUGCCGUCCCUUCCACAUAGCGACGAACUGCCUUUCAAAAGCCAGGCAGCACUUGACGGAUCGUUGUCGUAUUAUGAUAUUUCUGCGCCAAUGGUCUGUCUUUUAGUCUUUCAUUCGGCAGACCCAAACCAACUUGGGGUUCGAAUGGAGCACACACAGUUUCAACAAGGAUGA